GGCGCGGGACGGUUGGGGAAGAGGAGGAGGAUCACCGUCUCCUCUUCUGCGCAGGCGCCGACGGGCAGUCGCGUCUGCGAGGCGCCGGUCGCCGUUGUGGGGCUCACUGAGGGUCGUGCUCCGUGGACAGAACCCGGCGGUCGCGUCAGGUCUUUACAGAAACUUGCUUCCGUCGCUGCACUUCCUGACGAUUAUGCAGAGUUCAUCUCAUGUUUACAGAUACAUGUUCACGGUUUUCACCUGCUUCAUGGCCGCUCAGUUGGCGACGUCACAAAGGUCGACCCGCUCCCUGCCUUUCCCACUGCGGGACAUCUCGGCUGCUGUUGGCUACCCUGCAGCCGAGCUGGACCUGUUACGUCGUGUGCGCCCCAGUGGCAGCGCGGCCUCGCCGGAGACGGUGCGUUUCGCCGCCGGCGACCCGGAGUCCGGACCGUCGCUGGCACUCGAGUUCGGGCCCAGAGCGGACGUCAAGUUCCCUUACCGUCUGCUGCUUCCCGCGGCUCUCUUCAGGGACUUCGCCCUGCACGCGGUGUUCCGGCCGGCCGCAGCUCACUCUUCUUCCGGCCACGCUGAGCCUCCUUCCGGCUCGAUUGAGGACGAGCAGUUCCUGUUUGCCGUCGUGAAUCCAUCCGAGACACUGGUUCAGCUGGGCCUGGCGGUGUCGCGCGACGCGUCCCACGUGAGCCUGUACUACACGGACGUGUCCAUGCACCUCGGAUCGCAACGCCUGGCCACCUUUCGGCUACCCAAGCAGGCCACCGGACCGCACGGAUGGAUCAGGCUGAGCAUGACGGCGACUGGCAACCAGCUGAGCCUGGAGCUACUCAACUGCAGCACACUGCAGGACGUGCGCAUGGCCCAGCACGUGACGCGCAUCCCCAAGGAGCUCGUGUUCGACCACGCCUCCACCCUGUACCUGGCACAGGCGGGACCCCUUCUCAGCGGGACAUUCCUGGGACGCAUCCAGACUCUGCGGCUUUUCAGCGUCCCAGUCCUUGUGCCUCUUUGCCAAGACACUCUAGGAUAUCAGAACGACGCCUCCGGCGUACCAUGGGUGGAGCGGGCGGAGCCGCAUGGCAGCCAAGACAAGCCUGCAUCUGAGACGGAACCCUGGAAGAGGUCGGCCGAGCCGGGCCUCAAGGGUGAAAAAGGCGAUCAAGGUCCCCAUGGGCCACGUGGCUUGAUCGGGCUGAAGGGCGACAAAGGUGAACCGGGAAGCAAGGGCGAGCCGGGAACGUCCUUCAGGAGGGAGGACUUCAUUCCAGAAAAAGGCGAGAAGGGCGAUCCUGGUCGUCGCGGGAAGAGGGGUCGUCCCGGUCCCCCUGGACCACCUGGGCCGCCGGGUGCCGUUGUGAAGGCGGAGAGCCUACAUCGUCCGCCCCGGUACGAGAAGGGUCCUCCCGGUCAAAAGGGCGAGUGCGGUCCACCGGGACCACCCGGACCACCCGGUGCACCGGGGCUACCCAUGCCCUGGGUGGACGCCACCAGAAGUAUCCUGGAGGAGCACAAAGACGAGGAUUCCGACUACGGCGACGAACCCCCUCUGCCCGAGAUGGGGCCGAUGACGAGGAAGACGGUGGCGUGGAGGGACGCGGCCUCGUUUCUCAAGUCAGCGUCAUCACAGCCCGCUGGCAGCCUGGCUUACGUCAUGGAGUCCGACGAGCUACUCGUCAAACUGUCUCAAGGCUGGAGGAGACUAGCGAUUGGUCCGCCACCGACUUGGGUUGAUGACAAGAAUGAACGAAUGAGUGAGAAAGAAAUACGAAGCGAUUGAAUGUUGGAAGCGGCGUGUCUUUCAUAAGUACAGCGUUCAGCUGUGGUUGACUGUUAGGCCUCCAAAUUAAAGGCUUCACACACUGCUAUCUCGCCGGGUGAAAUUUCACAAACCUCGUGGCUUCCAUAAAAGUGGAGUGAAACAAAGCGCUCUGUAGAUUCGCAUCUUCUCUGGGCACCUUCAGUGACAGCUGCUCGAUGGACUUCGGAUUGUCUCAUGUUUUUUCAUGAUUCUGUGUAACAAUAGCUCGAACGGGAUCAAAGUUCUAGUUUGGAGGACCCUAGCAUAUACUAUGUGCCGCGCUACUGUUCAUCGCAGAGGCGACGAGCUGCCAAUAAUUACAUAUAUUCUGCAGCGGUGUUUCAGGGCGUGGCUUUUGCAUCGCGGUCUGCCAGAAAUUUUAGCGAUACUAUUCUGGACUUCGUCAAAUUCCUGCCGUUUGACGAACUCCGAUAAUGGCGGCAAUUUGAGCCGAUCGGAGAGUCCGUAGCAGCCCUCUGCACCAGUCGGAGCAGACAAGAUGGCGAACUUGACAAUAUGGCGGAAUUUGACAAUGUCCAGAAUCGCACCCUAUAGGUCUGCUUAGUUUUCCUGUCUAUGUCUGCUUGGACUGCCCGAGUCGUCUCAUCUGAGAUGAUGCAGGAACGAUGAUAUCUCACGAUAAGUCAAUUGUUGCGGCCGCCGCGUUACCGUAAAAAUGUGCAGCUUUCUUGCCAGCUUCGAGAACAUGCCACGUCGCUUCGUGACCGAGUGCUAAAGCACAUGGUUGUGAUUUCUAGUGAUCUGCGGUUCUAGCCACCUUAGCAAUGAUAUCAGACUUCGACUUGGACAGGCAUCUUUCAUAGUUCGCGUAUGCAUGCACUUCGUGUUGUUUCGUUGGUUUACACUUUACAUAUUUUUAACGGUUAUAUCAAGGUGCGUUUUCUUGCCGGAGUCUUUAAUGAAGGAUUAUCUUGAACUGAUCAUGGCAGUCACGCACGAUCCAAAAUGUCGCACUUAGUGGGGUUUAUAAAAAAGAUAGAACUCAGUUCCUGCUACGAACUUGGUUAAACACACGAUUCUAUUUUACCUUUAAGCAAUAUGUGUCUUAGAACGUUGUAACGCCUUCAUGGGCCAAAUGUACUCUUUGCCACCAGGAGGGUGGGUCAUGUCAGGCCGUCAGCCUUUUCAUCCAGCCCCUGAAGCGUCGAUAUAUUCUGUGUACGAUGUUGCAUGUUGCUUGAAAAGGAAUGUAGAUAAGCUUUUGUACUACAUGUUUGUGUAUGAUAGGCAAAUUGAGUAAAGACACAGCUGGCCCAAACCAUGGGCUCCAUCUUGGAGGCACAGCUAUUCACCGCAAUUACGUAAUACAGUUUUAUUUCACUCAUUCAACCUGUUCUUCACGUUUAGAGGAAAUCUGUUCUUUGGGGGCAGUUGCAGGCAGCAAUUCAUUACUCUCAGAGUCUAAGAGGUUCAAUCAAGGAUGCUUGCAACAUGCUACCAGAAAUACGCUAAAUUUCACGCACCUUGCCUACAAACAGUACGUUCCAACUGUUUUUAACGAAGGUACUGUUUCCGAGGACAGAUUUUUAGAGGUGCUAGUCGAGCUAUAUCGAACGUAUGAAUCUAGCACGACUUGGACUGCGCCGAGCAAAUGGCCUUGUUUACGUAUCUGGUGCUGUUUUGCCAAAGCGAGAAGAAUGUACUUUAACGUGAGACGUGAAUCGCCGACUAGAAAGCAAUGAAAGAAGUAAUCGCUGCACAUAAGAAGGUUUGUAGUUUGUAGAACUUUGUGUCCCGUUUUCAACAGGGUGUGGCUGCAUACAAUCUUUUUUUUCCUUUGUCUGUGUUUUGUAAU